GUCGAGUCACUGGUCAGGGCAGGUCAACCUGCCCUUUUUAUGAGGAAAUUGAUGCCAUCCUUGGCACAAGAGCAGCAUCGACACCUCCAACUUUGCUUGAGAGCAGCAGCAAUACUGACGAUACUGAUGGAUGUGUUGAUUGGAGUGUGUUGCAAUCACAACAUUCGCCAGCUGACACUGAAGAAGAUCACCACGGUGAAGAUACAGCAGGUGGAGGGGGAGGAGCUAGUGACAAUCCGGUAAUCGAAUCAGCAGACAAUCGAGGUUCACUUAAUCCUAUGCCCACUCCAAUACCUGCUACGGAGAGAAACAAAGCACUAAAAAGAAAACGCUCCACUAAGUCUAGCACUUCUUCAGAGCUUACCACAAUUAUUUGUGAUAUGGAGGAGAAGGCAGAAGAGAUGGAACUAAAGCGAAUGAAGCUGGAGGCAGAGAUAGAAGAAAAAAGGAGGCAAGAGGAACGAAAGCAUGAAAAACGAAUGCAAACCAUGAUGAUGGGUUUCAUGACCCAGAUGAUGAAUAUGGUUAGUCCUCCAUCAUUUCCUCACUCCAGCACCAGCUAUUUACCACCUUCAUAUCCACCACCAUCUCCAACUUACGACCCAUCUCAAGCCUUUCCCCCUAUCAGUGAUUAUCCCCCUACUACUGACCCUUAACUUGUUGUUGGCAUUAACCAAUCAUUAUAACAGUUAUAAUUAUAUCCAUACCAUAAUUAACAUCACGGCUUUACUUAUAAACAUGCAGUCAAUGUUAUUAUUAUAGUGUUAAACACAAUCAUGUAUGACAGUUACUCAAUGUUGAACUGAUGAACGUAUAAUUAUAUAUAAUUAUAGUGAUCAUAAUAAUUAGAUGAAUGGUGAACAUGUGAUAUACUUAAUAGCUUUUAUAACAGAAAGAUUACAUUGAUAGAUGCUUCGUUAUUGCUUCUCGGAUGAUAGAUGAAUCGAGUGUACCAGGAGUGGGAUGUGAUGACGACGAGAACAUACUAGAAGGUUCCUCGUGACGCGUCCAUUCCUCUAAGCAAUUAUCACCAUAGAUUUCACAGAUAUUAUGUAGAACGAUACAAGAAGCAACAACAUCACAAACAUUGACCAGAUCACAAUCCAUUCUCUUCAGCAAACAUCUCCAUCUUCCCUUCAAACGACCAAACGCAUUCUCAACUACCAUCCUAGCUCCACUUUGCCUAUAAUUAUAAUGCUUUUGUUGCCUUGUUAUGUUUUCUGUCUCAGCAAAAGGUUUCAUCAACCACGGUAGAAGAGGGUAUGCUGGGUCUCCAAGAAUUACUAGUGGUA